AUGCUUUCUGGUUCCAAUGACUCAAAACUGAAAUCACUGAUUAAUUACGACUACUACAACCCGAAGUUCCGAUUCUGCGAGCCUGCUGGUGGCCCAAAGCAGGAACCGGAAUCUCUAGGGUCUAUUCUGUUUGGGGACAGAAUAUUUAACUCGCCUUACGAUAUCCAUAUGUUGAAGGACAAUGCUACUUGCAAAACUCUCUGUGUAGCCACCGAUGUCACAGGCCAAGAGGCGAAAUUCAUCAACGAUCGUAUUCGUGAAGACUAUGCGCUUAACUGGCUCGUUGACGGACUUCCUGCGGCUGAAAUGAAGGUUGAUAUGAGAACGAAGGAAUUGUUCUUUGAUAUGGGUUUCAAUCUUGGCGACAAUGAAGGCGAACAUCAGAACUUGCCUGCACUGAAUAACCACUAUGAAAUCGUACUGAGGUAUCAUAAACCAACCCCAGACUCAUUUCGUGUCGUAGGGGUCCUCGUGUGGCCAGCGAGUAUCGGCGGUCCUCAGACGUCAACGCCGAAUUGCGACAUUCACGGUGCCCAACCCAUGAUCUUGAGUGAGGACGGGCUGCAAUCCAUCCGAUACACCUACCGUGUUUCGUGGAACGAAUCCGACACACCCUGGGCCACUCGUUGGGAUAACUAUCUCCAUAUCUUCGACCCUCGCAUACAUUGGUUCAGUCUCGUCAACUCUGUCGUCAUUGUCGUCUUCCUGUGUGCUAUGGUGUCGAUGAUUCUAUUCCGAAGUGUUUCGCGAGAUAUCAAUCGUUACAACGCCAUUGAUCUCAGUGAGGAUGUGCAGGAGGACUGGGGAUGGAAACUUGUUCACGGAGAGGUUUUCCGCUCACCUAGAUACCCCCUUCUUUUGUCAGUCAUGGUCGGGAACGGUGCACAACUAUGUGCUAUGGUCGCUAUUACUUUAGUCUUCGCUUUGCUUGGUUUCCUAUCACCCUCUAAUCGCGGCUCUCUGGCGACAGUAAUGAUGGUAUGCUGGUCGCUAUUUGGCAGCAUUGGAGGCUAUUUCUCCAGUCGUGCAUACGCCUCUCUAGGUGGUACAAAUCGCAGACAGAAUGCCUUCGUUACUGCAACAGCACUACCAACACUCAUUUUCAUUGUCGUCUUCCUCUUGAACUUCUUGUUGGCCGCAGGCUCAUCGGGGGCUGUUCCCUUCGGGACGAUGAUGCUGAUCAUCGUUUUGUGGUUUGGAAUCUCGGCGCCUUUGUCUGCAAUCGGAUCAUACUUUGGCUCUAAACGUGGGGCUCUGCAGCAACCAGUUCGAGUCAACCCCAUUCCUCGUCAAAUACCACCAGGCCCGAAAUACUUGAAACCAUGGGUAGCAGCACUCCUCAGUGGUAUUUUACCAUUCGGUGCUGCUUUCGUGGAACUUUACUUUGUUUUGUCCAGUCUUUUCGCCUCUAGGGCAUACUAUGCUUUCGGUUUUCUGGCGUUGACUGCAGGUGUGGUUGCGCUAACAACGGCGACAGUCUCGAUCUUGUUCACCUACUUCCUGUUAUGCGCAGAGGAAUACCGUUGGCAUUGGAGAUCCUUCCUGAUCGGAGGCGGCAGCGCUUUCUGGGUCCUGGCUUAUGGCCUGUUCUAUUGGGCCUCAAGACUAAAACUCGACUCAUUCACAAGCAUGGUCUUAUAUCUUGGGUAUCUGUUCUUGAUCUCCCUCUUGGACUUCCUGAUCACCGGUACCAUUGGUUUCCUGGCAUCCUAUUGGGCUGUCUCAAGGCUGUAUACUGCAAUUCGCAUUGAUUAG